AUGGCUCCCAUCGUAGAUAGGAUGGCAGCAAUUGAGCAGCAUGUGGCGAAUCAUAUCGCGGCACCAACACCACCACCACCACCACCAGAUCAGCCACAGAAGAUACCAACCGUUCCUAUCAGCGAGAGACCCCCAGAGACCGCACCUACAGCUAUUCCACCAGCAGUCUCGGACAUAGCCACAGAUCAGGAGGCCUGGCUCCGUAUGGUAGAGAGAUUUGAAUUAUUUAAGAUGAAAAAGAAUGAAACCAUCACGGAGAUGUUCACACGGUUCACUGAUAUUACUAACUUCUUAAUCGGACUUGGCAAAGAAUAUACUCAAGUUGAGAUGGUAAGAAAAAUUCUAAGAGCACAAACUCCGAAAUGGGAGAAAAAGAUUACAACGAUAGAAGAAGCAAACGAUCUAUCAACUCUCACCGUAGAAAAUCUCAUUGGAAACUUGAUGGCUUAUGAAGUUCAAAUUGAAGAUCGAAAGAAGGAUGAUGAACCAAAGAAGAAAAAGAUACUUGCCCUCAUUGCAUCCUCCGACACCGAUGAAUCCGAUAAAGAUGAUGAGGAUAUUACAAUGAUUACUAAGAAAAGCAAAUGA